ACACCCUCGGCACCCGAGCCGAGCCGCGCCGACCACCACAUCGCGACGCGCACCAUCACCCCCGUGACUGUUUACUGUGAACCCCAUCAAGAUAUAGCUCCAGGAACCACUCAGUGUCGCGAUUUGUGCUAAAUCAGUAUCUGGUGAAAACAAACACAUCACACGGCAUUAGCGCAGGCGCGCCACUAGCGGACAUGAUGAGAGCGGCCAUCUUGGCCGAGGACGCACUUUCGCCUCGCCCCAGCUUCAAAGCUCGAUUUGAAAGUUCCAUAUAAGCCUCAAGGAACGAGCGAUGCGUCGUGGAACUGGACCCGCGGCGUGCGCCCUCUGAGGCCGCCCCGCGCCGCUAUCGAUCCGGUAGCGUCAUGGCGCCCGCGGAGUGAAUGCGGACAUCGGGACAGCGCCGCAGCCCCCGAACGCGAGCGGAGCGCCCGCCCAGUGAUAGUGCUAGAGUGGUCGCGCGGCAUGUGAGACAGAGUGUUGGCGUGGUUGGGAGGGCGCGCGGGCGGCGGCGGGCCCGGCUGACCGCGCGCCAUGGGCGAGGAGUACGCGCGCUCACCGUGCGAGCGCUUCCCGGCGACGGGCGCGUUCAGCGUGGCGCCGCCGGAGAGGCUCAGCCCGCCGCCGCCCGCGCCGCUGCCGGAUCGGUUCUCGGCGUCCCCGCGGCGGGUGCGCCGCUGUGCAGAGGCAGAGCGCGCGCGGCGGCCCCGAUAUGUGCCACCAGCAGCUCACGUGCCCGUGGAGCGUUACGUGCCGCGGCCGCCAGCGCCACUUCGGCCUCCACCACCGGUAUACUGCGGGCUGGCGUGCAGGCCGCCACCGCCAGCGCCGCGCAAGUGCUGCGGGCCAGCAUGUCGCGAGGAUAUCGCGGGCUCGCCGCCGCCGUCCCGCUACGUGGAGUACGUGGGCGCGGCGGCUGCUCGCAGGCUGGCCUGCACGCCACCACCACCACCACCACCUGCGCUGCAGCUGCCCUGCGAGCCACAGGAGCCCCCGUGCUGUGUACAGGCUCGCAGACGGCCACAACCACCACAUGAUUGGCGGUCAAGCGCGGGGCUACUGGCGCCGCAGCUGGCAUGCCAGUCAUCAUCACCAGCAGCGUCUGCGCCAGCGCCACCACUCCCCGCGCCUACGUCACCUCCCCGCGUCGUCUCCGCCCCGCCCGCGCCCACCCAACCACCCCCAGACCCCGCUCCCCAAGACCAGGAAGAUGGCGUCAGAUUACGGCGAACACAUACGGUUGCUGUACGAGACUACCUCAAAAGGGAAACGCAGACGUUUUUCGGCGUUCAGAGGGAUAAUGAGAGGGAACAAAGACGGCUGUGGUAUGAGAGGCGGAGGAGGCACGCGGCGCGGGCGCUCGGUGACCUCCGGCCCGACCUGCCACCGGAUCAUCAUCCUGAUGAUGAUGAUAUUAGUAUGUACGGAGCGUCGGGCGCAGCACCUAGGGAGGCGCGGGGGCGGGCGCGUGAGCGGCCCGACGUGUUGCCUGCGCCGGCGCCGCUCGAGGAGCCCGCGCCGCCCUCCCUCCCCCGCCCGGGAAAGGACAGUGUGGCGCGGCUCACGCUUACCGGGCUUUCUUAUGUUGUUACUGCGGUGACGCGGCGGUCGCGUCAAUCGACGUCGGCGCAGUGGUCGAGAUCAUUCCGCGGCACUGCGCCCAUGCACGAUGAAGUUGACGUCGAUGACGUGUUCUUCGCACCACCCACUUCCACCACGCCUCUGCAGCAUCAUGAAGAUGCUGAUACUGUUGACGGAUCUAAGGGGGCGAGAUCCCCAAUCGGUUCGACAGGCGUGGAGUAUAGAAGGCCGGAGCGGAGCGUGUCCUGGGGCGCGGGGGGAGCGCGUAUCCACACACCGAUGCUGGAACCUCUGGCUGACAACUCAAAUAGGCGACAAUUUGGCAUGGGCGUUGUUGGUAGAUUCUUUAGACGUUCGCUCCGCAAGUCGGUGGCACAUCAAGAAGAGGUAGCGCGUCAGCUGGACGAGCUGACGGACUACCGACCUUACUUUACGUGGUGGGUGAGCACAGUACAGACACUAGUGCUGCUAUUGUCACUCCUGUGUUACGGGUUUGGACCUGUCGGGUUCGGCAGGCACACACAUUCGGGACAAGUCUUGGUUAAGAGCUUGAGUUUACAGCAGGUCGAAUGGGAAGAACCAGCCUCAUUUUGGCUGGGACCUCGGGCAGCUGACUUAAUACAUUUAGGAGCUAAAUUCGCUCCAUGCAUGAGGAGGGACGCAAGGAUAGCGAGGGCAAUAGCCGCUUCAGCUAGGAGAGAAAGAGACACAGCAUGCUGCAUACGAAAUGAUGAUUCAGGAUGUGUGCAGUCCUCUAAGGCUGAUUGUUCGAUAAGAGGAUUAAUAUCAAAGAACACGAUCUCGACGUGGAAGAAAUGGUCAUCGGGAGAGUCGGGGCCUGGCGGUCGGAUAUCAGGGUCCGUUUGCGGAUUAGAUCCCAAGUUUUGUGAAGCACCGCGUUCGAUAGCACCUCAUGAAUGGCCGGAUGAUAUCACAAAAUGGCCGAUCUGUCGCAAAUCAGUUCUAGACGGGUCUGCGGCCGCUGGUCGGGCAGGUCACGCGGCAGAACAUAUGGCCUGUGAGGUCAUUGGCCAUCCCUGCUGUAUAGGAGUCCACGGGCAAUGUGUCAUCACCACUAGAGAACACUGUGACUUCGUAAAGGGUUAUUUCCAUGAAGAAGCGUCAUUGUGUUCACAGGUAUCUUGUCUUGACGACGUUUGCGGCAUGUUGCCUUUCAUGCGGCGACGUCGACCAGACCAGCUGUACCGCGCGUGGACGUCAUUAUUUGUCCACGCUGGUUUAUUGCACCUGGCAGCCACACUGGCGCUGCAGUGGCUCUUCAUGAGGGACCUGGAGAAGAUGGCCGGGCCAGUUAGGAUAGCUGUCAUAUAUUUAGGAAGUGGGGUCGCCGGGAAUAUGGCAUCUGCCAUAUUUGAACCUUAUAGAGCGGAGGUGGGGCCAGCUGGAUCACAUUUUGGUUUACUGGCGUGUCUAAUAGUAGAAGUAAUAGGGGCGUGGCCUCUCCUGAGGCAUCCGAAACGAGCAAUUUUAAAACUAGUCGGUAUAGCCAUAGCGUUGUUCCUCCUGGGUCUUUUACCCUGGAUUGAUAACUUCGCGCACGUAUUUGGCUUCGUGUUCGGAUUCUUACUAGCGUAUGCGUUACUGCCAUUUAUAACCUUCGGUCCUUACGAAAGACGAAGAAAGAUCGCAUUAGUGUGGGUCUGCAUGGUGUCGGCGGGCGGGAUGUUGUGCGCGCUGGUCGCGUUGUUCUACGCGGCGCCGGCGUACGAGUGUGCAGCGUGUGCGUACUUUACGUGCUUACCGUUCGCGCCGGACAUGUGCGCGUCGCAGGACGUGCGCGUGCGUCAGCUGGACGGGGUAUGACGGCGCGCGGCCCGGGCGCCCCCGCCGCCGCCGCCCCCCCGCCCUGUGUGCCGCGCGCCCCGCCCCGCGUGCGCCCGCCCCGCGCCCCCCGCGUGCUCGCACGUCCCGCGCCGCGCUGUCGCCUAGCGCCUCACCCCCGCCGCCGCCCAGACCUCAAACCGUCACCUCGCUCUUACAGCGUUACUACAGAAACUCAGCGCUCAGUUAUCGCGCUAUUGAAACAACCCCUCUUGAUGUCGAUCUUAUGAUUGAGAUUUAUAAAUAAUCGUGCGCAAUAGGCAUUUACUGUUUACCUGCUAGGUAUAACUUGGUGGGGUCAAUGCUGAAAACAAAUUCAGGCUUAUGAUAUCUAUAAUACAAGUUAAAUAGGUGUAACCUAUUCGUUGGCCAACUUGAGUUUCUGUAUUGAGUGUGCUGUAUCGCUACUGCCCACUAGUACGAAUGUGUCGGUAUGAGAGUGAGCUCUAGUUACUACCUAGGCGAUCUUUUAAGAUUUUAUAAUCGUCGAACUAGAUUAUAAAAGUGUAUGCGAAUAUUCAAUCGAUUAUUUAAUUUAUCGAUAAAGACGUAUUGUUACGUGUUAAAGUUUGUUGUUUUAUGGACUCACUGAUUUGUACUUGAAUUUCAAGAGAGCGGUCGAAUUUAUUUCACAUGCAUUUUUUCCAAUACUAUAAAUAAUGUCAUUCUAAAAUGCUAUGUUUAAGUCUGAUUUUGUAAAAUAAUUGACAUGCGAUGUUCAUUAAUGGCUGCCGAUAUGCAUAUGAAAUAUAUUCGAUCGAAAUCGGAUUACGAAUAAAAAAAAUAAAAUAAAAAAUAUUGUGCUAAAUCCACGGAUAUAGAACUUGCAAUGCGGACGCGACUUACUAAUGUAAAUAUUCUGUAAAAUAAUGUACUAAUGUUACGGUGGAAAGUGAGUCGUACUAUGUGUGGUUACGUUUCGUUUGCGUGCGUCUUACGGGACCACUGUUACGUCACAUUGUACAUUACUAACUCUGUAUUUAUACACUACAUUUUUACUUAUGUACACAGAACUAUCAUUGCAUUUCGCACACAAAACAAUAGUCUCUUCUACAUUUCCUCUCCGCAAAUGUGACCUAACGCGUUCCCGUAACAGUGUCAAAUAUACAUAAUUUAGUAUAUUACUAAAUAAUGUAAAUAUAAACAAAAAAAAAAUCACAUAUUUUUCAUCUAUUCAGUUCACCGUAUAUGAACGAAUUCAGUCUAUGUAUAAGUACUUAUUCUAAUGGAUUUUUAAUUUCGUCAAUUUAUAUAGCUGUAUCAAGUCUGCGUAGUAUUACGUUUGUUUUAUAUUAUAUGCUAGUAUAUAUACUAAACAAUUAUAUUUAGGGAUAUUUAUUUUACUACAAACAGGUUAGGAGACUUUAUAGUUCACUAUCAUUCAUACUUUACAUGUUUUAUUACGAAUUUACAUUUAAUACUAGUCACUAUGUUAAUUAUAAUAUUUUUUAGUUUAAAAAGAACAAUGUAAAUAUAUAUAAAUUUAAUCAAGCGAAAGUGGUGAUCAUUGUAAUUAAACAGUUAUUUUGCUAGGGAAUGUUAAUCGGGGAUUGUGUGUGUGAGAGUGUGUCUGAACAUUUUGUACAACUGCCAUGAUACCAUUGUAGAUAUAUAUACAUAUAUAAGAGUCGUAAGAAUAUGUAUUAACUCCUAAAUUGCGCACAUGCCUAGUUUAUUUCUAUGAAUGUAUCCGUUUGGGGACACUUAAGUGGCGUCCGUGGGUUAUUACUUCUACUUGAGUCAAUGACUAAUCUAAUGACUGAUUAUCCUUACAAGCAAUUGCCACACUACGCCAGUCUAGUAAUUUACACUUCGUUUAAAUAAUUUGAGGAACAGGGGACUUACAGAAUUGAAUUAUGCUCUGUGGACGACCAUUUAAGUGUUGACAAAUGGUUAUGAAAGGAUAUAUUUUUAUAGCUAUUUUGAUUAUUGUACUUUUUCCUUAUCGUCUGUGCUUUAAAGUUUAUGUUGAACUUUCAAAAUGGCAAUUAUAAGUGUAUUCCAUGAACUCUGGUUUUUGAAAGGUUCUUCAUACAAGAUUCAUCAAGAAUACUAAAUGUAAUAAAGCGACUGUGUAUUAAAUAUAUCAAUAUAUAUACAAGGUGUUGUUUUAAAGCCGCGUCAUUUUCUAGGAGGUAACUCGGCUAUCGA